AUGGAUCUAGACUUACUUAAAGAAAACCUCUAUAUGUCCUUAGAAGAUUCAAGGGAUGACUCUAUAAAGCUUUCAAUUCUCAAGUGCUUCUACAUACAAUUAGUUAAAUAUCGCGUAUCCAGAAGACCAACCAAAUCUAUUUUAUUUACAGAUAUCCCUGAAUUAUAUCGUCGAUCAUUUAAAUCUAACCGAAACAGCCGAAAUUUCAAUAAUUGCAGCUCGCCACCACUAAUGCAAGCUUUAUCUGACCCUUUCAAGCGCACCAGCUCAGACGAAAUAAAGCUAGGAUUGAAUAGCCUUGACGAUAUAGGCUGAAAACAGAAAAAUAAAUUAUGUAAAUCAUAAUCAGACAGUGAUGAAGAAUAUGAUUUAAUCAGGAAAAACUUUUUAUUCUUGUUUUCUAUCCACCGCACUCAAGAAGGCGCAAGAGUGCAUAAUGGAACUCAUGAAAUACACAAGUCGAAUAUUAAACAAUUUUUUCUGGACUGCUCAAUAUCGUCGUUGCGGAUGCUAGAUAUAGCAAUGUGCAAUAUUCAAGAUACUUUAUGAGUCAAUUUAUCUGAUUUCACUAGGUGUAUAGAGGAGUUCCAGAAGUUUAUCAUGGAAUACUCAACUAUUUUAGCGCAAGAUCCUGUUUUCAGGGCCAAUAUCACGAUGCAGCUUCUUUUAUGUAAUUAUAAACUUAGUCUUCUUUCGAUUUGUCGAUAUCCGCAGAAGAAAUUUAUUAGACAAAGUAGGCCUUGAAAUAGCUUUAAGUAUGGCGUCAAAGAAAAAACGCAGCAAAACUAAUUUUACUGACCUUGUAAACUUUUCAUUUUCAAAAGUUGAAGAAAUUACUGGAGAACCCAAAAUUGAGAUUUCCUUUGAAGAAUUUGAACAAGCUUUACAAUAA